UGAUUAACUGUAAAACGAAAAAUUAGUACUAAAAAUUUCAAACAUGUCAACAAAUCUUUUCUUGGUAAAGUUAAUUUUUAUUAUUAACUGUAAAACGAAAAAUUAGUAGAAAAAUUUGUAUUUACAAACUGGAGUGGUAAUUGAAAUGAUUUCAAAGGUUAUGGGAAAAUAAAAUUCAAUCUUAUCCAAAGUACUUUUCCAAUAUGUUUAAUUAUCUUUUAUUUAUGUAUAUAUUUUUAACAGUGGUAAUAAUUUAACCAAACUAAAUAAAUUUAUUCAUAUAAUGUUUAAUCAAUACCUAAUUCCAGUAUAAAUAAUUAUUGAGGUGAUGAAUUUUAAAAAAAACACUGAUAUUUUGACUUAUAUUCAUAGUAUGCUAUAAAAUACCUGUUUUGAUAAUAUCUACCAAUGUAUAUAAAAAUGAACUUUUCUGAUGAUAAAUUACUUUGUAUUAAAUACUGCUUGGCAUUUAUCAAGAAGAAAAAAAUAUAUCGUUCUCUUUUUUAUUCUAGCAAGUCAAUAAUAUUACAUGGUCCCCGUAAUAUAGAAUCUUUAAUUUUGAAUAUGUAUAACUAGAAAGAAAAUUGUUUUUCAUAUAGCAUUCUACAAAGAGGCUUAAUAUAUAUGACAACUUCCAAUGUCAAAGAAUAAUAAAUAGUAAUUUGAAAUUUUGAACUGGGUCUUCGUCUCCUCAAUUCUUGAUAGUCAAUAUUACAUGUUCGAGGUGACCAAGUAGUAUACCGAGUGGCAUUCUUUUCUUUUUCAAACUCAAAUUUAUAUAACAUUGAUUAAAAGCCAUUCAAACGAUGCUAAUAUAUACUACUAACACUACAUCUUUGUUUGUUUCAACCCCAAAAAUUGUUAACUCAAAAUAAAUGAAACCGUGAUAUAAAUAUGGAGGAACAAGCAAGAGAAGGAAGAAAAUAUCAUAUUCAUACAUGGUGAAAGGAAUAAUCCAAAACAUUGGUAGGGCUGAAAAUAAAAGAAUCCAACAACUCUAGACCUAGACUCGAAUAGAGUGUUUGUUGACCCAACAAGUUAGAUAUCCAACCGUCUUCAUAGCUAGUUAUACGUAUCUUCAUAAUUUAUUAUCAUACCCAUUGGUCGACCACCGUUUACAAAACGCGCGUAAAGUAGAACCUGGUCCAUCACGCUACACGAUCACCCCACCAAUUUUGUAGUAUCAUGUUUGUCCCUUUAGGAUUUUCCAAAGACUUUGUCGUUUGCGUUUACUUAUUAGUACUUUUAUUGAGUUAGAUCCAAUUGGUUGGAAAAGCAUCGAAAUGUAGCUGAAAUAUAUUUUAACAUGUUUUGAAUCUUAAGAUAGAGAUGCGGGAAACAUGUAAUUUCUCAAAAAGUGUCAUUUUGGUAUUUUUUUGUUAUAGUAUAAAAAGUGUCGUUUUAUAAUUUUAAUGCAUUUUAUAUUUAUUUUCAGUUAAAUAUUAAUUGUAAAGUACAUUGGUUUUAAUAAAUAAAUUUAUUAUUUAAAACAUUAUUGGUUAAAGAUGUAAUUAGUAAAACAUAAAUACAUUUUAAUUAUUUUCUUAAUAUAUGUGAAAUGUGUGUAAGUGAUAAUUUUUUAAGAAACAUAAAGAGUGUGUAAUCUCUAACAAUUAAGUAAGGUUCAUGUCCCCCGGUCUAAUUCGGUUUGUAUAGAUGUCCUCCAGCUUUAUGUACAUGAAAAAUACUUCGUCGUAAAUAGCUUCCAUAUUAUUCAGAAGGCCCAAUAAUUUAUUAAGAUAAGGCCAAUUUAGCUAUUGGUCAACGAAUCUAUUCAAGUUAUCAGUUACUGAAGAAUUGAUCCUUAUUACCUGACGUGUAAAAGUUAUCCGAACACGUACUAAGCGGGACCCACAUAUGCGAAGAACCAAGCUAUAAAUAGACGCGCACGCAGUCUGAAGAAAAUUCACUACGUACAUUUGAAAUUCAUAAUAGGCGAGUAUGGAUCCAAAUCCGGAACCGGCGAGUUCCGGUCGAAACAACAAUGCUGUGUUGGAGCAUAGAUCGUUCGCUAGAAUAGGGUUUCUGGGAAACCCUAGCGAUGUUUACUUCGGCCGCACGAUAUCCUUUACCAUCGGCAAUUUUUGGGCGUCGGCUAAACUAGAGCCAUCCGACCAUCUCUUGAUCAAGCCUCAUCCUUACCAUGACCUUGUCCGCUUUGACUCUCUCGAUAAUCUCGUUUGUCGAUUGAAAAGUGAAGGGUACUACGGAGGUGUAAGGUUACUAAUGGCAAUAUGUAAAGUAUUCCGCAGCUAUUGCAAAGAUAAUGACAUUCAUCUUCAUGACAGAAACUUCACUCUAUCUUAUGAUACCAAUAUCCCCAGACAGACGGGGCUUUCGGGUUCUAGUGCAAUUGUAUCUGCUACUCUCAGCUGCCUACUUGAUUUCUACAGUGUCAGGCAUUUAAUAAGGAUAGAAGUUAGACCUAACCUUAUUCUUAAUGCCGAAAAAGAACUUGGUAUUGUUGCAGGUCUUCAAGACCGUGUUGCUCAAGUCUAUGGUGGUGGUCUUGUUCACAUGGAUUUUAGUAAGGAGCAUAUGGAUAGAGUUGGUUAAGGAAUUUACACUAUAAUGGAUAUCAACCUUCUUCCUCCUCUGCAUCUCAUCUAUACUGAGAAUCCUAGUGACUCUGGGAAGGUUCAUAGCACGGUUCGUAGAAAGUGGUUAGAUGGUGAUGAGUUCAUAAUAUCAUCAAUGGCAGAAAUUGCAAAACUAGCAGAAGAAGGUCGAACUGCAUUACUAAAUAAAGAUUACACCAAGCUCAAACUACUCAUGAACCGUAACUUCGACCUUCGAAGGAGUAUCUUUGGAGAUGAAUGUUUGGGAGCUAUGAACAUAGAAAUGGUGGAAGUGGCACGUAAGAUCGGUGCAGCUGCAAAGUUCACUGGAAGCGGGGGAGCUGUGGUGGCUUUCUGCCCUGACGGGCCAUCUCAGGUCAAACUCCUCGAAGAAGAAUGUAAGAAAGCUGGAUUCAUUGUUGAGCCAGUAAAGCUUGUCCCUACGCGUCUCAACAAUUCUGAUCUAAAGACUUUAUCGAAGCUCUGAAUGUUGUAGAAUGUUGAGUUCAGUGUCUGAACUUGAGCUUAGCCCAUGUCAUAAAGAUUACAAUAAAUUUACAUAUGUUUUGUGUUUAUCCUUUUUCAAUAAAUUUAAGCCAAUAAAAAUUUAACUAA